CCGAGCAGCGCCCCUCCCAGUCUGUGGUAUCCUCGAGCCUCUAUCUCCUAUCAUGGAGCUUCCAGGGAGCCCAGGGCCCAGAGAGUCCAACGAACCCCUGGAGCCCCUGACCUCCCAGACCAUCCGACCCCGCAGUCACAGAGACCUAGCACUGAUGGUGGUUGUGCUGGGGACUCUUCUAGCCGCUACCGCUGUCCGGGGCUACCUGGCCUUUAGGGAGGCGCUGUGGGAGGCUGCACAGAAGACUCUGGGGACAGAGGGAUUCUCACUCUUCUCCUCUCUGGAUAUGAACAAGGACAUGUAUAUCAGCCCUGAAGAGUUCAAGCCUGAUGCUAAGAAACUGAUAGCAGCCACAUCCAUCACCAUCCUUGAAGAAGACGUGUCUCAGAUGAAAUCAUUUGACCUCAAUGAGGAGAAAUUUGCUAUGAUGGCCAGAUUCCAGCCUCUGCUCUCAGAAACUAUGUCCAAGAGCAAAAAUGGAUUCCUGGGGGUUUCUAAUUUCACCCUGUCUGGACUUAGAAAUUGGAUUGUCCCUGACAAAGUGCUCCGCGUGUUCUCAGCCCGACAGUUCCACAUCUUCCUGCCACCAAAGGAGGAUCUGAAGCUGGGUGAACCCUGGUGGAUUAUCUUCAAGAAGUUAAGAGAACAACUCCCUUCCAAUCGCUUCUAUCCACCAAUGUCCAAAAAAAAAGAGGACUUGAUCUAUAAACUUUUGAGCAUGUUCCACCCAAGGCUGUUUGUGAAGACCCGCUUUGGCCCUCAGGGGGCAGUGGCCUGCCUUAUGGCCACCAGUGAAUCCUACUAUACCGUGGCCUUCAGGAUCCAUGCUGAGUUCCAGCUUAAUGAACCACCCCUCUCGCCCUUCUGGUUCUCUCCAGGACAGUUCACAGGGCAUGUCAUUCUCUCCAAAGAUUCCUCCCAUGUCCGUGACUUCAGGCUCUUCGUACCCAAUCACAAGCCUCUGAAUGUGGAAAUGGAAUGGCUUUACAAGGAUGAAGAAAAUGGCAGCUUCAGUAGUGAUUUGGACAUGGAUACUGGCUACCUUCCUCAGAUGGAGCUGGAGUCCUGGGGACCUUCGAUCCCAACUGAGAUAUACCAAAAGGGCAAAAUAAUCUACAGAAGGCUUUGUGAGCAGUCCCGCCAGUUUGAGGACAUCGUGUGGCAGCAGGCGAUAAGCUGGGAGAAGGCAGUCCAGCAGCUAGAAGUUGCCAUGUACCCUUUCUUGGAGGUCACCUACCUGCCUUUUGCUGAAGCAUUCAAACAAGCCAAAGCUGAAAACAAGCUGGUGCACUUCAUCUUGCUCUGGGGAUCCCUGGAUGAUCAAUCCUGCUUUGGUCCUGGGCAGGGUCUGCGAGACAUAAUCCUGGGAAAUUCUCAAAUCCUCACACUUCUCAAGAACAGUUUUAUCAGCAGCUGGUCUCAGGUGCAUGAACUGAAUGAGAUUCAGAACAACCAUAAUAAUGAAUCUCACAAGAAGCUAGCUCAACUAAUCCUGGAAAAAUAUGACUCCCAUGUGAAGAUGCUUCUCUGCCUGCCCAAUGGGACGGUGAUCCAUGACUUAAGUGUUGAUGAUCUGUCCAAAGCCUCAGAGGAAAUCAGAAGUGAUGACACCGGCUGCCCCUCCAACUCUUUUGUUCACCCUGUAACCAUAUAUGAAGAGUUCCUGCAGGAAGGACUUUUUCGGGCUCAGUCCUUUCUUCAUGUCUAAAGUUCUAGCCUAAAGGGAAAACGAAUUGAAACUGGGUUGUUCAUCUAGACUAGCUUCUUCUAGUCCCAGAGGUGACUUGAUAUUUCCCUUAACAACCACAGUUAGAGGAGAUGGGUAUAAUUGUAGUCAGAGUGGAUGGUACACAUUUCAAGUUCUCCAAACUGCUGCCUUCUCCAGGCUGCUGUUCUCACCCCUGUUGGAAAUGCCCAAGUGGCUGAGAGGUCUCCCUAUUAGCUUUCCCCCAAUACCAGUUGCUGAGCUUUAGCCCAGAGAUUAUUUUAGAGGUAAAAUUGCAGUGGUGUUCUCAGGGAGGUGAUUUGCCUAUGGUCUUAUGAAGCAGGACCUCCUAGCCCCAGGAAUCUCUAUCUAGCCCAGGAACCUGCUGAUUCAAGAAGCCAGUUGAAUUUCAAAGGAAACCUCAGAUGGUUUGGAAGUUCUUGCUGUACCUGCAGAGAAAGCAUCCAACCACAUUGUUCUCUGUUUCUGGGCGGUAACCUGGUGCCCCCUUCUCCCUCUGAGCUCCAUUUCUAUCCCUGCUCAGAGUACACAAUGAGACAGAGCCAUCAGGAACUUGGUUUUACAUGUGUAAAAGCACUUCUCCUCUGUGUAUCUUAUAUUUCAUGAAAUUCAUAGAGUAUUUCUCUAUGUGGAAAAAUGGAAACUUCAUUUCCCCUCUGGUGUCUAUUUCCUCUGAUGGCUGGAUCCUUAAUUCCACAUUGAUCUGGCUUUAUGUCUUUACAGUUGUAACUAGAGGGAAAAAGGGGAAAAAAAAUAAUCCUUUGGGAAAAUGGUUUGGUGCCUCCUUGGGUUACUUCAUCCUAAUAGGGACAUUCUUGUUGCCAUGCCUUUAGAUAGAUUAGCAAUUCAUGAAAGCCAGGAGGUUUAUUUGAAAGGAAAGAAUGGAAAAAGCAGGGUAUUCACUCAUAGUCUCAAGUCCAGAAAAGAAAAAGCUUACAAGUCUCAAUGGAAAGACAGGAGUUGGGGUUUUUUGUUUGUUUGUUUUGCUGAGUUGACUCAUACUGAUUAUCUAAUAAAUUCUCUGAUGUCUACAA